UUGUUUGGCGGCAGGUAGACUUUGUCCGUGAACGAACAGGUGUUUUUGGAGGAGACGUACACAUAAUCGUUUUCCGAUUUUUUCAUAUUAAUGAUAAGAUAUCUUCAUGUUUCUAUAUCUAUCGUAAUGUCACGAAGAUAAAAAUCAGUAGUUCACAGGUAUUGCGUUAAAAUGUUCGCAAUAUUCGCCACCCUUGUGGCUAUAAUAGUUUCCGCUUUGUUUUACCAAAGCAAAAGACCGAACCCCGAAAAAAUAUUCGGCAUUUACAGCCAGCCGGGACGAUGGUAUUAUAUCAAGCUUGCAGCUUUCUGGACGCUUCUGACACUCAGAAGAAUUAAAUAUAAAGUCGCGAGCAAAAGUUCCUUCGUCAAAUUCGAUAGAAUACAACCUUUGUCCAAUGACCCGAAAGCUUUCGAUGCGGUGUUUUUCCAAGCUGUUACUCAAGACGGUUUUGCUUUGGCUGCUGGAACUGAAAGGCGACAUCAGGCUAAAGUCAAUGGACUGUGUUAUUUGAUGACUCCUGACCAUGGCUUAUUAUUAAGUGAAAAACUCCCAAAAACAGUUUUGGAGGCAGAUCCAGCCUGUAUAAUGUUGGAAAAAGAAUGGGGUGCUGAGGGUAUUAAAUUCACACCUGUCGAACCUAUGAAACGUUGGAACAUUUCCUUCCAUGGAAAAAUGAGAUCAUUUGAUGAUCCGUCGAAAAUUGUAAACGUUAAACUUGACGGACAAUGGACUAGCGAUCUUCCUUGGUUCUUGUUCGAGUUGGAUUUGCCUAGCAAAGUUAUAGCAGAGGCGAUUGCUCUGGAAACUUGGAAUAAAGAACUGUUUCAAGCACUGAAAGAUGCACACCAAACCCACUAUGAACAAAUGGGCUACCUAAAAGUGACGAUCAAAAUCGAUAACCGAGUAUACAACAUCAAAAUGGACGCGUUCAGAGACCACAGCUUCGGGAUGAAGAGAGACUGGACGUUGAUGCAUAGAUACAUCUUCCACAUGUUUUACUUGGAGGACGGCACUAGAGUAUCACUGGGCGUUAUCAGUCAGCCGUGCACUUCUUCCCACAUGACAUUCGGAUUUAUGAUAGAUGCGAAUAAGAGGAUGUUUGCGAUUGACAGUUGCGACCUUUUGCUGUAUCAACACGCGGAAGAUGGAACUCCUCCAAAUAAUUUGGCUUUUACGUUUGUCGCGAACAAAACUAAUUACGAGGCAAAAAUCAAAUACGACGUGACCGCUGUGCAUUACGUGGGGAAUGAUGUGGAGGCCAAGAUGCACGAGAGAUUUUUGAGUUGUGAAAUCAACGGGGUAAAAGGCAAAGGCAUUUCGGAAUGGCAUUAUAAUAAUGUCAAUAAGUAAAACAAAUUUUUUCUGAAAGAAAAAUUGUAAUCAAGCAAGCCAAUUAAAAUAGUUUGUUAUACCAAAAAUUUUGAUAGUACUACCGUGUGCAAUGUUAUGUAACAAUUUGUUGAAUUAUUAUAUAUUUUUAAAGAUAAAAAAGGGUUUAAAUGAUUAAUUUGUAUAUAUAAAGAAAAUGGAUAAACAAUUUAUUACAAUAUUACAUUAUAUACUCAAAAAUAUAUAAUUAUUUUAAAUACAUGUUCA